GCAGAAGAUUCUCUGCGCUUCGCCGCAGCCUGCAGCCUUGCGCAAGCAGCCAGCGCUUCGACUCGCAGCCGCAGCGCAGGGCUGGAGCACAGGGCGAUCUCGAAUUCAGAUUCAGGACUUCGCCACUUCAGCGCGGCUGCGCGCCGCCCUUUGCCCUGCGCAGCGAGGGGCAUCUUGGCCUGCUUGUUCGUGCCUCCACCGAGCGCAAGCGCCGGCCAAGCGGCGGACUCCGAGCUCCGUGCGCAGCAGCAGGCAGAGCAUGACCGAGGACAAGGGCCUGCCACUGGCUGAUCCCACGCUUGCGAGUGAUGGCCUGGACCACGCCGUCGCCUCUGCCUGGCCGCAGCAGGGCAAGGCGACCUUGGACACAUGUCCAUGGCAUAUAGUCUGCCUCAGCCCAUCUGGCCAAGGGGUGCCGAGAGGCCUCGAGGGAAGAGGCAGUGCCUGCAUGCCGAGCCUGCCGGUCGUCAACGGGCAUGGGGCGCGUGCAGCGCCAGGCGCGCCACGCUCGGCGGCGCGCAACAGCACACCGCAUACGCGCGCCCCCGCCCUCGGCCCUCGACGUUGAGGCCCCAGCCGCCGACGCUCGGCGAGCUGGCCUCGCUUUUGCGGCUGCAAUCCAGCGUUGCUUGAGCUCCACAUCCUCUCCGCCCUCACUGCCUUGUACACCCUCGCCAGAGGCCUCACGACGACCAGCACACCUAAAGCAGCGCCUCGCGCGUCCAACUCGUGCGGUUGCAUUCCGAGCGGGACUUUCGGCUGUCCACGCCUCCAUUCUGCUCUGCGGCGCACACGUAGUGCUGCCCUACAGGGGCGAUGUUGUACCUGACAGCUGACAAGUUCCCGGUCUUCGUGCCGUUUGGCAUCAUCGGCUUCUACCGGUAUUUCUGGUACAUCAUCCGUCUCUCUGCGGCCGUCGUGUACCGGCCGAUCAAGCCGC